UAAAUUACUGAAACAUUGUGUGAAAUGCAUGGGCUACCAGAGACACUAGGGAAGUAGGCCUAGUGUCAUGCGGUUGGUAGCGCCACCAUAAGAUAUUACAGGGCUUAAAACAAGGACAUUUUCUGUGCCUGAAGACAGUAAAUACAAGCCAACCACAGAAGCCAAGUGUGACUAGCCAUGCACGGCACAAUGCACGGCAUCAACUAGAAGACAAACGCUGCAACGCAACACAGUCGCAACACAGAACAGGAGACAGGAUAAAAGCUUUAAUUGUGCUGGAGAAGACCACAUUCAACGCCAUGGGGAGUACCAUGGAGCCUAACUUCAACCACAGCACUUCAUGUGGCAUGGAACUAAACACCACUACCUUGAGUCCCUCGGGUGGCAAGGGGGUCAUCCCUGUGGUGGUCCUGGGCUUGUGUGCCGUGGUGGGUCUGCCCAGCAACAUCGCAGUGAUCAUCACCAUCGUCCGCAACAUCACAGGACAGAACAUGAGCUUCACCUUGAAGCUCAUGCUUUGCCUGUCCGUGUGCGACACGCUGUCCCUGUUGUCGAUUCCCGUCUGGAUCUACGCACUGCUCAAGGGCUGGCCUCUUGGAGACGGCGGGUGUAAGCUGUUCAGCUAUCUAGUUUACUGGAGUCUGUAUGCCAGUGUGCUCAUCGUCACCUCCAUGAGCGUGCACCAUCACAACAUCAUGAAAGCAAAAAGGGCCAAUCGGCAGCUGAUGGAGAGACUGCAGAGGCGGCGUAAGCAUAUUUGGCUCGUUGCUAUCUGGAUCCUGGCAGGUGUCCUCGCCUUGCCCGUCAUCCCAACACGGGGUGUCAUGUCUAAAAAUGAUGGCCGGUUAAGAUGUCAAAAUGUGGUAGAAGACGGGCAGAAAGUGUCUAUCCUUCUGUACGAAGUUCUGUUUGGCUUCGCCAUCCCGUUCUCUGCCCUGGUGACCUCCUAUUUGUGCCUGUACAAGAAAGUGCCCAAGGCCAACCUCUUAAGUAAGCAGAGGAUGACCAGACUUGUAGUUAGCAUUGUGGUGGUCUUUUUUUUGUUUUGGAUGCCAACACAUAUUAUCAACAUUGUGGAUAUUGUCGCAGCAUUGACUAAAAACUCUAACUGUGAAAAGUACAAGCAGGCCAAAAAUGUACGGAGGAUGGCGGGGGAUGUUGCCAAGACUCUCUCUUACAUGAACUGUUGCUUGGACCCAUUCCUCUAUGCCUUUGCUUCGAGGUCCUUCUUAUCUCGAGGGAGACGCAGUACCAAAAAAGAGCGCGUGCAGAUUUCCUACACACAGGAAAACUGCAGCAAAACAGAACAGUCUAAAGCAGAGGCCACCAUAGAGGCACAGAUCAUCUGACUACUCCUUCAUGUUGGAUACGAGAUAUUUUCAUUUACUCACAGACUAUGCAAAAAAUGUAUGUCUAACCAAGACCAUGUCUAUAAAUCUUUCAUUAAGAUGUUUUUUUUAAUCUAGUUAUUGUUUUUAGUGUAAAGAGACCUAGUUCUGUAUACUCAAAAAAUCAUUUUACAGCUUUCAGCAAGAAAUCAAAGUGAAUCAUAACCACAGAAUAUUAUACUGUAGAUAAAAGUAAACUUUGAAGUUCUUUCUCUGCGCAAUAAGAUGUGUUUAGAGACAAUGUAUGAGCAUGACGUGUUGCUGAACAUAGUUGCUGUCACGCGUCUCAGAAAUGCCAAGUCAGGGACAAGGGAGGGAUUAAAGUAUAGGUUUCUCAACGGAGGCUGUACCACCCCUUAGAGGGUGUUGGUACAAGCUGGGGGUGCUGGGAGCAUCACAACUUAGUUUGUGUAGUGGUCAUUAUGUGUAAAACGUUCAUGGUUUUCAAAAAUCAGUCUAACUGACAUAAAUAGGCAUAGCACGUUUUCAAUAAUGGGUUUUUAUUUGUAACCCCUCUACUAUCUCAGAUGGUUUUUUUUUACUGUCUAUAAUGCUCAGCUACCGUCAUGAUCUCUAAAGUAACACUGAUACCCAAGUUUGCUAAAAAGUGCUGACAGUACAAUGAAAAUGACAUUAAUGACAACAAAAAAAUACAUUUUAUAUGUGCCUGCUCUUAUUAUUGUAAAAGAAAAAAAAUGGCACAAUAAUGGGCUAAUUUUUAUGUAGCAUGCAAUAUUACAUAUGAGUGGGAGUAAUGGAUAUAGCCUACCCACAGGUGUAGGCAAAAAUUGUUUUAAUAGUUGCAGUGGUUUGACAAAUGAGGAUAGGCGUCAGUGAGGUGGUUACUAGAUUCAGGGGCCCAAAAUAUCUCUACUUUGCCGUUAUUGAGCUGGAUGAAAUUAUUCGCCAUCCAUACUUUGAGAUGUAUUGCAGGCAGAUCUGUGUAAACUAAAAAUACCAUGCUGAAAACAGGAUGUCAAAAAACCACUAGGUCAGAGACCUAAAUUCUAAACCGCAACUUGUUGAAGUGAAAAACUGUCUGUGGCUGAUGAUGACAUGAUAACUGUCUUCAAAGUCUAUUUAUUAAUCUAAAUAAAGUAUACACAUAGUCUAUAAAAUAGUGAAUUAACUUUUUCUAUGAAAUUGUAUUCUUUUGUUACAAUAUCUUGUUAUCAAAUUGUGUAGGAUAAUAUCUAACUGACUUACUGUCAGUAUUACUUGAAAGUAUAUUGACGUGUAAGUAAUUUUGGUCUUCGGUGUUAUCACUCCCACACCCUGUUUGUAGUUUACAGCUAAGUGGGGUCUCAAUAAGAUUAUUGGGAUGUUGCAUUUCAUUUCUACUGUGUGUUGAUAGUACUGCUGAAUGUUGGUGUUAAGACAGAUCUAAUUUGGCCAUGUGAUAUUUCAUUCCAUUCCAGAUUCCAUUUCUUUUUUUUUACAUUUUUCUGUAAAGAUGAACAUUUAGAGAAGUGCCCUCUCCUCUCUGUCUGUAUCAUGCAUGACACAAGCAUGGAUGACUUCCUCCUAUAAGUUCUGUUAUUGAUGCUCAUUUCAGAUGACAGGAUGUGAAAAUCAAUAAACGUGGAAAUAGCAGGCCAUGUGCAAUUCCUCUUGCUUAACAUCAGUCACUCUUAAGGCACACACACACACACACACACACACACACAC